ACAUCUCUUCAUUCUCGCGCACCGAAAAAGGAACCUGAAAUCAAGUUUGGUUGGAUUGAAGGAGUAUUUGUUCGAUGUCUUCAGAAUAUUAUUGGAGUGAUCCUAUACGUGCGUGUAACAUGGGUGGUAGCCCAAGCUGGACUCAUUAUGGGCAUUGCGAUGAUACUACUAUCCUCACUUGUCACAACUCUGACGGCGAUUUCUAUGAGUGCUAUCUGUACAAAUGGAGAAAUGAAAGGUGGAGGAUUAUACUAUUUGAUUUCGAGAACCCUUGGCGCUGAAUACGGCGGCUCAAUUGGACUGAUAUUUUCACUGGCUAAUUGCGUUGGUGGAGCCCUUCAUAUAGUCGGAUUCGCCGAGACAGUAAAUCAGCUCUUGCUUGAGAGAGAAUUUAAGUUUGUCGAUGGACAAAUAUGGGACAUUCGUCUCAUAUCUGUA